AUGGUAGAUUCUUCAUCUGUAUGCCUCAUUUUGGCACCGCUAAAUGAUACAUUUGAACGAAAAUGUCUUUGGCUACCGUCUUGGCCCCAAACAUUGAGAAUUGGCCGUCAGAUAAAUUCUCGUACAACACCGGCGUCUAACAAUGGGUUCUUCGACUCCAAAGUUCUAAGUCGAGCACAUGCAGAGGUUUGGGCAGAUCCUAAAACUGGUAGAGUUUUUAUUCGAGAUAUUCGGAGUAGUAAUGGAACGUUUCUUAAUGGACGAAGGCUUAGUCAGGAAAAUCAGACAAGUGAGCCGUUUGAGCUUUACAUAGGGGACGUUUUAGAGCUUGGAAUUGAUAUUUUAAACGAGGAAGACCGAUCUAUUCUUCAUUGUAAAGUUUCAUCCCGUGUUGAACAUGCAGGAUGGGCAGAAGCAAAUUCAUCGGAUGUUUCUCAGGCUGAGAUUAAUGCAUUAUGGGUGGAUACAGGCACAGCGGAAACAUUUGAUACGAUUACACCUCGUGUACUGGUUUCUAAUGAUCCAGUACAUUCAAAAUCCGUAUUAGAAGAAAAUAAAAUACAUGAAUGCUUUGGAAAAGAAAUGGAAGAUAUUUUACAAACACUGAAUAUAGGGCUAAAAACGGCAAAACAGCAAAUAAAUGACAUCAAAUUGAUCACAAAAGUGCUUAAUAAUAUUCAAGAUACAGUUUUUUAUGAUUCUAGGAAUGAUAGUUUGGAAAAAAUACAAUCAGAAGAUAUUUCAAAAAACCAUUCAGAAAAUUUUGAGAGUAAAGGAAACUUUGGCUUGUAUAAAAAACGUAUGCAGCCUCCUAGUUUGGAAGUUUUAGCAUCAAAACAACUUGAAAUUGAAGAAAAGACCGCAAAAAUCAAGCGUUUAGAAGAAGAAAAGACAAAACAGCAAACAUAUAAACAGAUUAUCGAGCACCUUCUGAAAGAACAAAAUAAUACAUUGGAAAUGGAAAAUACAAUUGAAACGAAAAUGAAUAUAGAAUUAAUGAAAAGUAAAUUGGGAAAAGAUCAAAACUCAGAGGAUGAAUUAAAAUCAUUAAAAGCUAUGGUAGAAACUAUGAAAAAAGAAGUGGAAUUAUGGAAAUAUCGUGCAAAAAGGACUGAAAAAAUAGUGGAACAAUCAACAUAUCAUAUGGCAGCACUAUUAAAAACGGAAAAUGAAAGCAAUAUAAAUGAGCAUGUUGUAUAG